CACCCCAACGUUCUCCGUCUCUACAAUUAUUUCCACGACCGGCGCCGCGUUUUCCUCAUCCUGGAGUUCGCCCCCAGGGGGGAGCUCUACAAGGAACUGCAGCGCUGCCGCCGCCUCGACGCCACCAGAACGGCCACGCUGAUGGAGGAAUUGGCCGACGCUCUGCUCUACUGCCACGGGCGGAAGGUGAUCCACCGCGACAUCAAACCCGAGAAUCUCCUGCUCGGCCUCAAGGGGGAGCUCAAGAUCGCGGAUUUCGGGUGGUCCGU